GUGGUUGAUUGGCUGUCACGUGGCACAUCCGGCUUGUCCGUGUUGGUCCGCGUUUAGCUUGAGUGUUAUGUGAAAAGCGUUACCCGCUUUGUUUUUGUCUCCCAAUGCUACAAAAAGGGCUGAGCCUUUCCCAGGAAGCGCACCGAACACUGUAACUCUGCUCAGCAAACUUCAUGCUCCAUCAUGAAUUUCUUCCUAGAAACAAUGCAAGUCCUCCUGCUGUCCAUCUGGUACAAUGUGGAAUCCUUCAUCCACCUCUUUGUGCCCAUGAAGAAGAAGAACAUAGCUGGCGAGGUGGUGCUGAUCUCGGGGGCAGGUAGUGGGAUUGGUCGCCUCAUGGCUCAGGAGUUUGCUGCUCUUGGCACUGUGCUGGUGUUGUGGGAUAUUAACCAGGAGGGGAUGAAAGAAACAGCCAGACUGGCUAAACAGAGCGGAGCCAGCAGAGUCCACUACUAUCUGUGUGACUGCAGCGACAAGAGCGAGGUUUACAGAGUGGCAGACCAGGUAAAGCGAGAGGUGGGAGACGUCAGCAUUCUGGUGAACAAUGCUGGGAUAGUGACAGGAAAGAAGUUCAUGGAUGCUCCUGAUUCCCUUAUUGAGAAGACGGUGGAGGUCAAUACUAUGGCCCACUUCUGGACCUACAAGGCCUUCCUUCCUGCCAUGAUAGCCAACAAUCACGGCCAUCUUGUCAGCAUUGCUAGUUCUGCUGGACUCAUAGGAGUCAAUGGAUUGGCAGACUACUGUGCCAGUAAGUUUGCAGCCGUAGGUUUUGCAGAGUCUGUGGGUCUGGAGCUUCUGGCCACUGGGAAAGAUGGCGUGAAGACAACCAUUGUGUGCCCGUACUUCAUCAACACUGGAAUGUUCGAUGGAUGUCAAACUAAGUGGCCAAGACUGCUGCCAAUCCUGGAUCCUAACUAUGUAGCCAAGAAGAUCAUUGAUGCUGUGCUCACAGACCAGGUCUUCCUGCUCCUGCCCAAGAGCAUGUACCUCAUCACUGCACUUAAGAACAUCCUCCCCAUGAAGCAGGGCAUCAUGCUGGGCCAGUACCUGGGAGCCUUCAACCUCAUGGACACAUUCAAGGGACGCUCCAGAAAACAGGAGUGAAUGAAGAGAGAGGACAAUAUGAAGCUAUGGAUGACUGUAAUGGAAGGAGAAAUUUAAAUAUUACAGCCAUCAACGUCUAAUUUAAUCUUAAUCUUCCCAGUGUGUUGGGAUUAAUGGUAGAGGUCAGGACUGAACAUAAUGCUUGAUUUAAAUCCUCUCAUUUCAAUGGUUCAUGCUGGAAUAUAAACAGUCUCUAUAUCUCACACUGCAUAAUACACCUUUUAAGCAUUCAUAUCCUUAAUGUACUUGUUUUAUAUGACUAUUAUUAGUGAAAUUGUAAUCACUAAAAAAAGGAAAAUGUAAUCUUAUUAAUAACAGUUUGUAAUUGAAUAGACAAAUAGUUCUCACAAAGUUGAGCCAGCCAGUGUUCUUAUACUUCUGCUCCUGAUGAUGUAAUGAAGCAUCCCAAACAGCCAAGUCAUAGAAACAGGAAACACAGGUCCAAAGUCAGAUGUAAUGUUUUCUGUCAACAUGAAUGUCUGUUGUGUACAUUGUAAUAAUGUGUCCCUCCAUAGCAACUACCAAAGCAGAGAUGAACUGUAGCCACAGCUCAGCAGGUGAAAUACAGCUAUCAAUAUACACUUAUUACAAAACACUGCUGGUGUUGAGUAAUAAUGUCAUUCACUACACUGUUGACAGUGUAGUGAAUGAGCUUUUGGUUUAGUUAAUCUGGCUCAGUGUUUGAAGUCUAAAUAAUUUCCGCUUAAAAAGCAAGCACUCAUACUCAGGAACAUUAAACCCUGCGUAAGGGUUUGAUAUGUAAUACCUCACCUCCUAAAGGGUGGACCACUUUUCCAAUCGUCACCUCACCUUCAUUUUUGAAGUCUGUCUUUAUUCGCAAACAGCCAAUGUGCUGACUGUUCAGACGUUAGCUGUCAUUAGCUAGCAGCGUAGUAGCAUGCUACAGCUAGUUAGAGUGUGUGUGAAGACCCCUCUGCAUUUGUUCUUGUUCGCAUAUAUUCAUGAAAGUCAGCAUUUAUGUUCCACUUUCCUGUGGAUGAAGUUAUUAUUUUUGAAGUAAUAUGCAUGUAUUUUGCACUCAAAAUAUUUGUAUUCCCACAUUAAUGGUCCUAUUAUGACACUUAUUAUGCACAUUUACUAGCACACAACCGCUUAUAUUGUAAAGAUUAUAAUACAUAUAUCUGGGGACAUAUCUAUCAUGGAUCAACCUUUAUUUUAAUUGAAAAAUGUGUAAUUAUUAAUAUGUAACAGACUGCCGAGUAAUGAAGAGUAUGCACCUGUUGCCUUAAUCAUGCAAACAGUUCAGAGCAUUUCAGGAAGUCAGAGAGAUGCAUCUAAAGAUACAUUUGAUUUCAGAUCUCUGUUUGAGUGUUUGAACAUUCUCAUUAAUAAAUUGCCAUUUAAAAUGUUUUA